GUUAUAGAUUGAACUAAAAGGUUUUAGUUGUAUUAAAUAUGCACAUGAAACAAUUAAUAAAUAUGCGCAUGAAAUAAUUAAAUUGAGAAUUUAUUGCAAAGCCAAAGCAAAAUGUGCACAUGCGCAAACUGCCGGAAAUUUGUAAAUAAAUUCGAAUCCAAAAUUUUUCAUUUUUUUCCAAAUUUGCUAAUAAUGAAGAUAUAAAACCUCGUUACUUUCAACCUUGUUGCUCCCACUCUCUAAGCAUGGACAUUUUAACAUACAUUAGAAGUUCCUCACAAAUGGUAGAGAGAGGGAAACUGAAAGAUUUUCUGGAUGGACUGGUCUCCUUGACAUCAGAUCCGCGGAAUCUCCAGCCAUUCUUAACCAAAGACAUGGAUGUGGCCCAGUGCCUCUCACUUCUUGUCGAUAUAUUGAGUGAACCCAAACCAAACAUAGAUGUAGCUCAUCGAGCCUUAUGCCUGCUCGAAAACAUAGCUAAGGAUGAAGCUAUCUGCCAGAUAUUACAUAAUACAUAUGGUUUGUCCACAACGCUAACUGUGUUCCUUCUCAACUGUGGGGGAAAUACAGAUGAAUUGACAGCCACCAUAGCAAAGUGCCUUGAAGUCAUGAGAAAAGUCACUUACAACACACGAGUUUCACAGCAGAACAGUCAGAUACCUGAUCUACUCAAGUUCCUUAUGAAGAGAAUAAUGGAGCCUGAGAAUGAUGUAACGCAACCAGCUUUAGGGUUGAUGGCAAACCUUUGUCGACAUAGUGUUUCUGUUCAAGCAUAUGUGAAAAGUGCUGAAAAAGCCAAUGUUUUCCUAAAGUGUAUAAUAAAGAAUCUUUCAUGUGAGAAGAAUUACAUCAAAAUGUGUUCGUUUCACAUCUGGUGUAGUCUAAACGUUGAUGAAGCAGGGGGAAAGCUUUUCAAUAAUGACAAGAAUACAAACCAGUCAUUCCAGAUGUUAUUCCAUGGCGUUAUUGACUCCGGGAAUGCCAGAGCAUAUGCUGUGGACCUCCUGACUGACUUGGUCAAGAAGACAUUUAUUCAAAAGGCAUUAGCUAAUUACAGCAAUCUAGAGAUGUCCCUUCGGAAAUUAUUUAAGUUACUUCCAAAAGUACAAAAUGCUGAUAAGCUAUUUGAGUUGCUCCUGUCUUUCUGUUCGACAAAUAGCCUGAGAUGCGUCGUGUGUCGUUCGUUAUUCGAUUCGCCGGCUCUUCAGGAUUCCAUCAUGUAUCAACAGAUGAUGGAAGAGAACAAUCUGUCUGAACCAUUCUUUGCCGUCGUACACUGGGCGAGACAAUCAGUGGAGACGCACAACAAGGCUCCACUGCUGGCACUGGAUCUGCUGAGAGAACUAUAUGAGGUAGCGAUUGAUUCCGGUGAGACAACCAAACUGAUGCCUCAGAGCGAACUGGUGCUACCCACAGUGACCGAGAUCCUCAUGUCACCCCUCAGUCUGACUGGGCCGGCCAUGAAGCAGGAGUGUCAGAGAAUAGUCAAGGCUGUUCAGCUUCUGAAAGUGCUGUGUCUCGAUGCCUCUUUACAAACCCAAGUGGCCGAAUCUAUAGACACAAAGACUUGUGUACAACUCAUCAAAUAUCAAAUCGACAAUAACAGGAUUGGAGACAUUGUCACAAGGAAGACAACAGAUGUGUAUGAUUGGUGUGAUGCCGGUGUGGAUGUUGUCCUCCAUGUGGUAGACCUGGCGCUAAAACUCAAAGAUCUUGUUCCAAAUAUGAAGACAAAGCUGCAAGAUAUACUGCUGGGUGGCCAGAUCUCACCGUUCCUGGCGUACGGGAUGACAUCCGAGAAUAGAGAGCGAGUCCAGUUGGUGCUGCAUUUGUUGGCUUCAAGCAUUUACCAUGCAGAGUUUCCAGCAACACUGUUAGGUGACAACAUUUCAACAUUCAAUGGUAAAUUACGGCAGAGAGAGGGCUUAGAAAUGAAUUUAUCUAUGUCACAUCGAGGUUCAUUACACCAAAUGAAUAGAGAGAAUGUCCUCUGCCACACGACACCAAAGAAGAGCUGGAGUUUGCGGCAGGACCAGGAUGUAGAUGCUCUCAUAGCAAAGAUGAAUUCAGGAAUGGAUAUGAAAAGCAACACUUCAUCAGAUAUGAUUGACAUUUACGCUCACAAAAUAAGGGCCUUAGAAACCCAGGAACGACAUCAGAAGGAUCUUCUUGAUGCGAAGACGAUGGCUUUGGCGCAGGCCGAUCGCCUCAUUUCUAACUAUCGAUGUCAAAGUGCUAAACAUGAGGCAGAGGCACACCGGCUGAAAUCUCUCAUCUUACAAUCGGACAAGAAUAGUGAGGUUUGUCGUGAACAGAUGAACGAAGUGCUGCUUCAUCGCAACCAGUUGAGCGAGCGCCUCGAGAAAGAAAUCAUCGAGAAUAAACGAUUGCUGGCGAUCGUUGAGGAACAUGACCAGCUGCUGGGCCAGUUUUCAACUCAGCAGGCAGCCCAUAAUGAACUCUCCGCUGAGUAUCAAACACUCUUAUCUGCCCAUGAUGAGAAGUGUGCAAAAUUAGAGAACACAGAAAAGCAACUGUCUAAUUUAAAAUCCCAGUACCAGUACAUGCAGGAAUUGAAUGAACAACUGCAGAAAAGUGUCAAGGAGAUUAUGAAAAAAACCGAUGAGAAAAAUGCUGAGUUACUGGAUCUGGAGGAGAAACACCGCAAAGUCUUGAAAAGUCAUGAACUUGAAGUGAAUGAAAACACAUCAACAAUUGACAAACUGACCAAAAGUAAGCAACUGCUUGAAGAGAAGCUCAAACAAUCCAAACAGGAGGAAGCGGGUCUUCAAAGUGAGGUGAAGAAACUGGUCAAGAGUAAGGAGAAGUUAGAGAAGAGUAAGGAAAGCCUACAAGAUAAGAUUUACAAACUUGAAGAAAAAUUGAAAAUGUUGGAAGGAAGGUUCCAAGCAAAGGAAAAACAACUAAGAGAUCAGCAAAUCGAGAUUGAAAAACACAGCAAGAUUGCAGCAAUGAUACAUAAUCUUAGCAGUGGAAAAGUACCUCCCAAUCUUGACAUUACGUCUUGAGGAGCAAUUUCACAAUAAUUUCUGAUAUACAUGUAAAACAAAAUGUAAAAGGAAACUGAGUCAUGUCUGUCCAGUCUGUGACGGACAAAGGGAUAGUGAUAGAAUCAGCUCUAUCAAUUGACAAACACCAUGCACUACUUUAUACAUGUAGGAUGCAUGGCCUACAAUCUGAUAUAGUAUAGUGUGUAGAAAGCUGCAUUUGUGGUCAAGGUAGUACAGUCUAAUUAGUUUAUUUGCCUCUGUAAAACAAUUCUUAUCUGAUGCUGCACACUUUGAAAUAAAUGCAACAUGAAAUUUUGAAUUAAUUACGACAAACUACAUUUUGAGAUUGGUGUACUCCAAUGCAGCAUUUCACAUUGGGUAUCUCCAUGUGUACUUUCAAGUUCAAUAAAAGACUGGAUCUUAAAAUGUUGGCUAUUUUGAAUAAGAGAAUAAGACUGUUGUCUUUGAAAUGAAAUAGGAAAGAUCCUGAAAUUAUAUGUAGGACCUUUGUACAUUGCGAGUCAUUUUGCUAACUGAUGUAAUUGUAAAUUAUUCUGCAGUUUAUAAUUGGCCUCUUUUACAUAAACUUUUAUAAAACAUGUAUUUUACUGUAAAUAAUACAUUAUU